GUGCGCUGAAUCUCCGACAAGUUGGUUGUGCGUUGUUCAAGUUCUUGGAGGCCGUGUUAACGAAUUAAAGCAACAAAAACAAAACGUGAUAAUCGAAAAGAAAUCGUAAAAAAAAACAGCAACAAAAUGCGGUGCCUAGCAUUGAACGCGUUGCUUGUUUGCAUUAUUGUUAUUGCUGGACAAAGCCAAAUUACAGCUGGCUAUAGGAGCGAAAUUGAGAUAACUCCCGAGCCCGAUGUGGAGACAACGACCAAAAAAUCCGGCUGGUUUGGCGGCUUCAAGAAGUUCUUUGGAAGCAGCAGCAAAGAGACUGAGACUACAACAACAACAUCCACGACAACUACGACAACAACAGCUAGACCAGUGAUGCCGGCAAUUGCGCAAAAGCCACCGCCAUUGGUUAUUUCACAUGCACCACUAAUGCCACUGGGACCACGUCCCGAUACGCCCAGCUCCUCACCCUUUGGUGGAUCGGGCUCAGCCUUGCAUGGUCCGCAAUGGCCAGCAGCACCAGCUGGAGGUGCAGCAGUAUCCGCUGGAGGUGCAGCAGCAUCCGCUGGAGGUGCAGCAGCGGCAGCUGGAGGCGCAACAGCAGCGGUCGGAGGAGUUGCAGGACCUGGUAAUCAUCAGACAAAUAAUAUUGCUGCCUCAACAUCAACGUCAACUGCAACGGCAACGUCAACAUGGCAACAGGGUCGUCCACAAUUCGGUGGUGCCUCCACCGCCGCCAAUUUACCGCCAGGAUUUGCUCCGUAUCGACCGCAGAAGCCUCAGCCCAGCGGCUUUGAUUUGAGCUACUCAGGCGGUGGCGCAAACGCCAACAAUGGACCACGACCCAAUUUUGGCUUGGCGCCUAUGACAAGUAGCACCACCAGUACAACUACCACUACGACCAGCACAACUACAACCACGCAGCGACCACGCAUCGAUAUGCAGCCGGGUGGCGUUGAUUUGCGCUUUGGCGGCAGCACAACAACAACAUCGACAGUGAAGCCGCUGUCGCCACAACACAAGGAUGAGUUCCCCACGCUGCCCGUGCCGCGUCGUCCUUCAAUUGGAGAGGAUUAUCCGGUGCUACCGACACCCAAAUCACCAGGUGCAAUAGGCAUACCCACACCCCGCACACCCACAUCGCCAUCAGCGUGGCAGGUUCCGUUGCCAACGCCAGCUGUCAAACCAGCAGCAGCAACUACACCUGCUGCCACUCAUGGCUCAUCGGGUGGCUCAUGGGGUGGCUCAUCGGGUGGCUCAUGGGGUGGCUCAUCGGGUGGCUCAUCGGGUGUCUCAUUUGUGCCGCACACGGGUGGCUCGACUUCAACGACAGUGCGUCCGGGCUUUGGUUCGUCAGGUAACUCGCUGGCCAGCGAUGAUGAGAUACGCCAGCUAACCGAACAGCUCUACACGAAGGAGACCAACAGUCAAUUAAGCCUAAUCAAUGUGAAUCUUCAAGGACGUACUCGAUCAAUUGAUAGCGCCGAUGAAGCGCCACAGCCAUUGCUGACCGUCGAUGCGAAGGCUUUGGAACCGUUGACGAUUGCCAAGAUGCUUUUGCUGUUCAACAACUACGAGCAGGAUACACUGGUCAAUGAGCAUGUGACGGCCAACGAGCGUAAGGAGGAGAAUGAGUUCCUGGAUGCCGUAAUGGCGACGAGUGUUAUGCGCCAGGCAAUGUUGUUCCUGCAACAGAAGGGUCUGGUUACGCCCGAUCCGAAGACGCAUCGAGAUCUCGUCAAGGAGCUGUGGUUUACACAAUAUUCGCGCGGUCAAGGCAAGAUUGGCAGCUCCGGUUUCGAGCAUGUGUUCGUCCAUGAGGUGAAGAACGGUACCAUAAUUGGUUUCCACAACUGGGUCUAUGUCAACGAGGAGGAGAAAGCCGGUCGCUUUGACUACAAGGGCUACAUGAAGGAACAAGACAUUGGCACGAAGGGCAAAGUGCUGAAGGUUCGUUUCAGCCAUGAGGGCUUGAAUAAACCAGUUGACACAAUGUUUAUUGGCACCUCACCGGAAUUGGAGCUGGCGCUAUACACCGUCUGCUUCCAGCUACGUCCGGACCGCACCUGUCCCGUCUCCCUGGGUAACACCAAGUUUGGCAUUGUCACCUAUUCGUGGCGCUACAGGGGCAAGAGCCUCAUUGGUAGCGCAUAUCCUGAGAUUUAAACUCUCCGCAUCCAUAAACAGCUCGCCAUAUGGUUUUUUUUUUUAUUUCUAUCUCUCCAUAUAGCAAUUAUUCUUUCUUCUGUGUACAAUAAAUAAAUACAUAUUUAAAAUAUC